GAUGAAAAUUAAAAGUAAAUGGUUUUAUGCUAAAUGGAAAGUGCAGAGCGAAAGAGAUAAAACAAAUUUGGAGGAGGAUAAAGAGGAAAAUGGAGAAAAUAAUAAAGAAGACGAACAGAAUAAUGAGGAUGAAAGAGAGAAGACAAAAGAUGAAGAUGAGUUAAAAAAAGAAAAAGACACAGAGGAAGAUAACGAAUCAAAUAAGGAAGAACAACCCGAAAAUAAAACUUCGAAUCUUUAG